CUCCGUGAGGAAGAGGAAGAUCGCUAUCUCGCUUUCCACCUCACUCCCACGCCGCGGCCGCAAAGAGGCGCUCCAUCGAUCUCGGUGUCGCUCGCUCCCACCAACCUCCCCAGCAUGGCGACGAUCCCGCAGCGGCAGCUCUUCAUCGGCGGCGAGUGGCGCGCCCCGGCGCUCGGCCGCCGCCUCCCCGUCCUCAACCCCGCCACCGAGGCCCCCAUCGGCGAGAUCCCGGCGGGCACGGCGGAGGACGUGGACGCCGCGGUGGCGGCGGCGCGGGCGGCGCUGAGGAGGAACCGAGGCCGCGACUGGGCCCGCGCGCCGGGCGCCGUCAGGGCCAAGUACCUCCGCGCAAUCGCCGCCAAGAUAAUCGAGAGGAAAUCUGAGCUCGCUAGACUAGAGACACUUGAUUGUGGGAAGCCUCUUGAUGAAUCAGCAUGGGACAUGGAUGAUGUUGCUGGAUGCUUUGAAUACUUUGCGGAUCUUGCAGAGUCCUUGGACAAAAGGCAAAAUGCACCUGUUUCACUUCCAAUGGAAACAUUUAAAUGUUAUCUUCGGAAAGAGCCUAUUGGUGUAGUUGGGUUGAUCACACCUUGGAAUUAUCCUCUCCUGAUGGCGACAUGGAAGGUAGCUCCUGCCCUGGCUGCUGGCUGUACAGCUGUACUAAAACCAUCUGAAUUGGCUUCCGUGACUUGUUUGGAGCUUGCUGAUGUGUGUAAAGAGGUCGGUCUUCCUUCAGGUGUCCUGAACGUAGUGACUGGAUUAGGUCCUGAAGCCGGUGCUCCUUUGUCAUCACAUCCUGGUGUAGACAAGGUUGCAUUUACUGGGAGUUACGAAACUGGUAAAAAGAUUAUGGCUGCAGCUGCUCCUACGGUUAAGCCUGUUUCACUGGAACUUGGUGGGAAAAGUCCUAUUGUGGUGUUUGAUGAUGUCGACAUUGAAAAAGCUGUUGAAUGGACUCUGUUUGGUUGCUUUUGGACCAAUGGCCAGAUUUGCAGUGCAACAUCCCGUCUUAUUCUCCAUAAAAAAAUUGCUAAAGAAUUUCAAGAGAGGAUGGUUGCAUGGGCCAAAAAUAUUAAGGUGUCAGAUCCGCUUGAAGAGGGUUGCAGGCUUGGGCCAGUUGUUAGUGAAGGACAGUAUGAGAAGAUUAAGAAGUUUGUAUCUACCGCUAAAAGUCAAGGUGCUGCCAUUCUGACUGGGGGUGUUAGACCCAAGCAUCUGGAGAAAGGUUUCUAUAUUGAGCCCACAAUCAUUACUGAUGUUGAUACAUCAAUGCAAAUUUGGAGGGAGGAAGUCUUUGGUCCAGUGCUUUGUGUGAAAGAAUUUAGCACCGAAGAUGAAGCCAUUGAAUUGGCCAAUGAUACUCGUUAUGGUCUGGCUGGUGCUGUGCUUUCCGGUGACCGCGAGCGGUGCCAGAGAUUAACUGAGGAGAUCGAUGCGGGAAUUAUUUGGGUGAACUGCUCGCAGCCUUGCUUCUGCCAAGCUCCUUGGGGUGGGAACAAGCGCAGUGGUUUUGGGCGUGAGCUCGGAGAAGGGGGAAUUGACAACUACCUGACCGUCAAGCAAGUCACGGAGUACGCCUCUGAUGAGCCGUGGGGAUGGUACACAUCCCCCUCCAAGCUGUAACUAACCUGGCACAUGCAUGACCAUCUGCUUCUGUUUAUUUAGAAUAAGUGAACGAGAGAUCAUAUAGUACGGAACGGACUUUUGCUGUUGUGCAUACCGCUAUUGAAGGUGAGAGUUGAAAUAAAAGGGCUAAAGCUGAAACCUGUGAGAGUUGUACGCUUGUA